AUGGCCGCUACAUCCGCUCUACGCAUGCCGGCCGAAUGGUCUCGCCACCGACGGACCCUGACGGCCUGGCCCGACCAGAGCUCUCAAAAAGAUGCCGAAACUCUGCAGGGCGCCGAGCGCGACGUCGCAGCCAUUGCCAACGCCAUUGUCGAGUUUGAGCCCGUGACGCUUCUCUGCCGACCGCGAAACGUGGCCCGCGCGAGGGCGCUGCUGUCCCCGUCCGUGGCCAUCCAGGAACUCGAGGUGGACGAGCUCUGGCUGCGCGACACGGGCCCCGUGUACGUCAAGAACGCCGAGGGCGCGCUCCUCGGCGUCGACUUCAACUUCAACUACUGGGGCGCCAAGUAUCCCGGCACUAUUGACCAGACCGUGGCGCGAUCCGUCCUGCGCCACGACAACACGGACCGGGUGCAGGCGCCGCUCGUCGCCGAGGGCGGCGGUCUCGAGGUCGACGGCGAGGGCACGCUCCUGGUGACAGAGAGCUCCGUCGUCAACGACAACCGCAAUCCCGGGCAGACCAGGGCGCAGAUUGAAGCGCACCUCAAGACGCUGCUCGGGCUGCAAAAGGUGCUCUGGCUCAAGGGCCUGCGCGGGCUCGACAUUACCGACGCGCACGUCGACGCCACGGCGCGCUUCGCCGCGCCCGGGCGCGUCCUGCUGAACCGCCCGGCCAGGACGGCCAGGAAGGCGUUUCUGGACGCCUGGGAGGACGACAAGCGCGUGCUGGCGGCGGAAACGGAUGCCAAAGGGCGCCGUCUGGAGGUGAUUGAGCUCGAGGAGGCCGACCCGACCAAGUUCGACGGCGACGAGUACGAGACGUGCCUCUCGUACCUCAACUACCUGCUCGUGAAUGGCGGGCUGAUUAUGCCCAAGUUUGGGGACCGCGUGGCUGAUGAGAGGGCGGCGACGCUUCUGCGACAAGUCUUCCCGGACCGCAAGGUGGUGCAGGUGCAGCUGGAUUCGCUUCGGAAGCUGGGCGGUGGAAUUCACUGCGCGACGCAACAGCAGCCAGAAUAA